AGAUAGGCUCAGACUCUUUAGCGGCUCUUGUCCAUACUGAGCUUUCCAAACCGACAACCAAAUGCAGUUUCGUGAAGUCCUGGCCUUGUUGGCCCUCGCGACCACCCAGGCGUUCAAGACGCAGUCCCAGGGGAUCGUGGCAAGGGACCAGGAUGCCGGCAACCCCAUCCGGAAGGUGGUCACUAUGAUGGAGAAGCUGGCCAAGAAGAUCGAGGAGGAGGGGAAAAGUGAAGAGGACCUCUAUGAGAAGUUCGAGUGCUACUGCAGGAGGACCACCACGGAGCUGGAGCAGAGCAUCUCCAUGGCCGUGACGAGUCCCAUCACCCAGGCGGACAUCGAUAGCAGGAAGGCGGAGGUGGACACCCUGGAGGCGGAGGUGAAGAAGCUGAAGGAGGAUCGCCUCGCGGAGGAGGAGACCCUCAAGGCGGCGGAAGGGCAACGGGGCAAGGAGAAGGCCCAGUACACGGAGGAGAAGACAGAGGACAGCGAGGUCCUGGACUCCAUCACCAAGGCCUCCCAGACGCUGAAGGGAGGCGCCGCAUUCCUCCAGACGGCCAACGCCAGGAUGCUGCGGGCCAUCCAGCAGACGCCCCGCCUGGACGCCUCCGAGAAGCGCCAAAUCACGUCCCUUCUGUCGGGCGAGGCUGUGAAGAUGGAUCCGGACUACGUGAUGGGCAUUCUGAGUGGUAUGAAGGAGGACACCACUGAGAAGAUCAGCGCGGCAAGCAAGGUGGAGGCGGAUGCUGUGGAGAACUUUGGUGAGCUGGAGGCCUCCAAGAAGACGGAGAUCUCAAGCCUUCUGGAGCAGCUGGAGAGGAAGAUGCGGCGCGUGGGGGAGCUGAAGGUGGAGAUCGUGGAGAUGGAGCGGUCCAUGGCGGGCGCCGGCCAGUCCCUCGAGGAGGACAAGAAGAUGCUGGCUGAGUUAAAGCACAGCUGCGCUGAGAAGGCGUCUGCCUGGGAAGGCCGGCAGAAGGCCCGCAGCACCGAGCUGCUGGCGCUCCAGGAGACCGUCAAGAUCCUGGACACCGACGAGUCCCACGACCUCUUCCGCGGCCGCUCUGCCAGCCUCAUUCAGGUGGCGGCCAACAAGGAUUCAUUGAGGGAGCGCGUUCUGACGCUGCUCAGCCGCGCAAAGGUGAAUGACUCGGCGCGGGCACCUGAGCUGAACUUUCUGGCGCUGGCACUCAGCGGCAAGCGGGUGGACUUCGGGAAGAUCGUGGAGAAGAUCGACGGCAUGGUGGAUCUUCUGAAGGCGGAGCAGCAAGAUGACGCGGGCAAGAAGGCCUAUUGCACCAAGCAGUUCCAUGCCACAGAGCUGAAGAACCGAAGCCUCCAGCAGGAGAUUGCGUCCCUCACGGCCAGUGUGGCGCAGAAGGCCGACGCGGUGACGCAGCUGGUGGGAGAGGUUAAAGCGCUGCAGGCGGGGGUCGCGGCGCUGGACAAGACCGUGGCGGAGGCCGGUGAGAACCGCAAGGCGGAGCACGCGGAGUUCCAAGAGCUCAUCUCCUCGGACAGCUCGGCGCUUCAGCUGCUGGGCCUCGCCAAGCAACGCCUCAACCAGGUCUAUCACGCCAGCCUGGUCGCGGUGAGCAGCAAGAGUACCUCCUUCGAGUUCCUCCAAAUGGACCGCUUCGGCGCGCCGCCGCCGACCUUUGAGGGCGACUACCAGGCAAAGGCUCAGGAGAGCCACGGGGUGAUCAGCUUGAUGAACACCCUCGAGGGCGACAUCAAGCAAGAGAUGGCCCUGGCCAAGAGUGAGGAGGCCAACUCCCAGAAGGAGUACGAGGAGACGCUGGGAGAUGCUGCCAGCAAACGGGAGGCAGACCUUUCCUUGGCAGCUGAGAAGGCCAAGAACAAGGCUGACCUGGAGGUGGACCUGGAGGAGGACAAGACGGAGUCCGCAGGCAAGAAGAAGGAGGCGACAGCUACGAAGGAGUUCGCCAUGAACUUGCACAAGGAGUGCGACUGGCUGCUCGAGAACUUCGACCUGCGAAAGCAGGCGCGCGGGGACGAGAAGGAGAACCUCAUUCGUGCCAAGACGGUGCUGUCGGGCAUGUAAGCGCUGCGCCAUCGAUUCAUUUAGCUCUUAGCUGUGAUUCACUGG